AUGUACCCCAACUUGUACAAAGGGCUGAGCUUGAAGUCUGAAGAUUUGACAACCUAUAAUUCACCUUUAGUGAGUUUUGAUGGGAAAGUAGUCACCCUAAAGGGCCAGAUUAGGUUGCCUGUACAGGCAGGCUUAGAGGUGGUUGAAGUGGACUUCAUUGUAGUGGACGUGUAUUCUCCGUACACGGCCAUAGUGGCCAAACCCUGGCUUCAUGCCUUGGGGGCUGUUUCUUCGACUUUUCAUAAAAAAGUGAAGUAUCCAUCUAGGGACCGGAUUGAGGAGCUGUCAAAGUCUUCGACAUUACCUGUUGACGGGCCAGCCGAGGAUGCGAAAUGUGAGAACUUAGAGAAGUUUGCUGUAGGCAAUGACCCAAAGAAGUUUUUCCAGGUUGGGACUCUGCUACUGCCUCGGGAAAAGAAGCAACUGGUGGAGUUUCUCAGGAUGAACGUUGAUGUGUUCGCUUGGAAUGCCUACGAAACUCCAGGAGUGGAUCCAAGCUUCAUCUGUCAUCAUUUAAACGUUAAUCCAUCCGUCACCCCUAGGAAACAACCACCUCGGCGCUCAUCUAAAAAUCAUUCUGACGCUGUAAAAAACGAGGUGAUGAAACUUAGGCGGGCUUGGGCUAUUAAGGAGGUGUUCUACCUUGAAUGA